AUGCUGAAAUUUAUUCUAAUCCUUCUCGUGGGUACAACCCAUGUUGCCAGAGCGGCUGACGCGCAAGUGGUUUUCGCUCCUGCGUCCAAGACUCCGAGUGCGCACGAGCACAAAGUUGACGAGGCCAUUACUGCAGCUUUGAAAGCGCAUUCGGAUCCAGUCGCGGCACUUGUCUCUUUGAAACCUGAAACCGAAUUGCUCCUUACUCAACCGCGUCUCUUGCAUGUCCUGGGCGAUGACUCCAAGGCACAAUGGAUGACAGAAGGAGACAAGCUGCGCCUCCGUAGACACGGAAAGAAGUUCUUAGACAUUACCGAUCAUGAAGAGUUCUAUGCUGAGCAGGUACAUGACUUGACGGCUGGCAAGCCUCACCUCCCCGACCUGGUCCAUGAAAGCCUUAUCCGGCCUCUCUUCCCAAAGAUUGACCAACAGCGUAUGGCUGAUGUUCUCUACCACAUGACUGGGUACUACAACCGGUACUAUGGAGAUAUCCAUGGCGAAUUGAGCUCCGAAUGGCUUCAUGAGCACAUUGCUGAGAUUAUCGCCAAAUCUCCAUUCCGUACCCAUAUCUCGCUCGAGUAUUUCACCCAUCCCUUCCCUCAGUCAUCGAUCAUUGCUCGGUUCGAACCCAAGGUCCGCAAUGCUUCUGCCCCAUUGACCAUCAUCGGUGCACACCAGGACUCAGCCAACUAUCUCUUCCCCCUCCUGCCAGCCCCUGGUGCGGAUGACGACUGCUCGGGUACGGUGAGUAUCCUGGAGGCCUUCCAUCUUUUGGCCGAGAGUGGAUACACGCCUAAGAAUGGCCCUGUCGAGUUCCACUGGUAUGCAGCCGAAGAGGGUGGUUUAUUGGGCAGCCAGCGUAUUGCCCGCUACAAGAAGGAGCAAGGCACGCGAAUCGGUGCGAUGAUGGAAUUUGACAUGACAGCCUUUGUUGCCCGCAACGCGACCGAGACUAUCGGAUUUAUAUCGACCCAGGCUGACGCGGCUCUUACCAACUGGACCGUGAGUUUGAGCGAGAAGUACAUCUCAAUUCCCGCGGAGAUAUAUGAUCUCGGACCGUCCGCUGGCUCCGAUUACAUGUCAUAUACCCUACUCAACUACCCGGCUGCUAUUGCCUCGGAAGGAAAUCCCUUAGCGGGGGGCAAUUUCCCUGGUGAGUAUGAUCCCUAUAUUCACGGGAGUCGCGACACCAUGUGGGUGAAUGAUGAAACGGGCUAUUUCUCUAUUGAUCACAUGGCACGAUUCACCGAACUAGCGAUUGCAUUUGUGGUGGAACAGGCUGGUUGGAACAAUGGAUGGCGGUAA